AUGAAUAGGAUUUUUUCGGUGAAGCUUUUGGUCAGGCUGAAGGAUGAGCGCAGUACUUAUAUUCAACACAAGGUGGUGAUCUCAUGUGGGAAUCCCAGACAGGAAGUGAUAACAUCACCGAUCACAGAGCCUCCAUCUCACCUCCUGACCAUAGAGGUGACCAGAGCCAAGAAGAUUCUAGAGGUCACCAAGAAGAUCACUGAUCUGCUGACGGGAGAGGGUGAAGAGCUAAAAAACAUCAAAGUUGAAGUUAAAAAAGAAGAAGAAGAGACAUUGGUGAUGGGAGAUCUGCAAUAUAUGGAGGGAGGUCCUCUGUAUUCCCGGGAUUCCACACAGGAAGAUCUCAGCAUCUCACAUAAGAAUCUUCAUCCUCUGAUUUCUGAACCUGGGGUGCGUGGAAAGAUCAGAGAAGUCCGAUUCCGGGAUAAGGUUGAGCUGGAUGCUGUGGUAGUGGUGGUUGAAUUGGUGGUGUUGGGAAUAGACGGGAUGGUCACUGCCGCGGCGGCUGCUGCCAAAGUGGCUCCUCACACGGGUGACGAUCCUUAUUCAUGUUCAGAGUGUGGGAAAGGUUAUACUAAAAAACAACAUCUACUUGCACACCAGAAAACUCACACAGGAGAUCAUCGUUUUUCAUGUCUACAGUGCGGAAAAUGUUUUAAUAAGGAAAGCAAAUUUCUUACGCACCAGAGAGUUCACAUGGGCAAGGAUCCUUAUUCGUGUUCAGAGUGUGGGAAAGGUUUUACUAAUAAAAAGCAUCUGCUUAUACACCAGAAAACUCACAAAGGGGAUCAUCGUUUCUCAUGUUCAGAGUGCGGAAUUUUUUUUAUUGAGGAAAGCAGAUUUCUUCAACACCAGAGAAUUCACACGGGCGAAGAUACGUUUUCAUGUUCAGCGUGUGGGAAAUAUUUUCCUAGUAAAAAACAGCUACUUCUACACCAGAAAACUCACAAAGGGGAUCAUUGUUUUUCAUGUUCAGAGUGUGGAAAAGGUUUUAUUAAGGAAAGUAAACUUCUUACACACCAGAGAAUUCACACGGGCGAGGAUACGUUUUCAUGUUCAGCGUGUGGGAAAGGUUUUCCUAGUAAAAAACAGCUACUUCUACACCAGAAAACUCACAAAGGGGAUCAUUGUUUUUCAUGUUCAGAGUGUGGAAAAGGUUUUAUUAAGGAAAGCAAAUUUCUUACACACCAGAAAAUUCACACGGUUGAGGAUCCUUUUUCGUGUUCCGAGUGUGGGAAAAGUUUUACUUAUAAAAAACAGCUACUUCUACACCAGAGAACUCACAGAAGAGAUCAUCGUUUUUCAUGUUCAGAAUGCGAAAAAUGUUUUAAUAAGGAAAGUAAGUUUCUUAUACACCAGGUCAUACACGGAGGCGUUCACCCUUUUUCAUGUUCAGAAUGUGGAAAAUGUUUCAGUGUUAAAAAUAGACUUCUAAAACACCAGAAGAUUCACUCAGGUGUUCGCCCCUUUUCUUGUUCAGAGUGCGGGAAAUUGUUUAUUCAUAAAGCAGACCUUCUUAUACACCAGAGAAUUCACACAGGUGAGCGUCCUUAUUCAUGUUCAGAGUGCGGGAAAAGCUUCACUUAUAAAGGAGCCCUUGUUCUACACCAGAGAAUUCACACUGAUGUGCGUCCUUAUUCAUGUUCAGAGUGCGGGAAAACUUUCACCCAUAAACGAGCCCUUGUUAUACACCAGAGAAGUCACACGGGUGAGCGUCCUUAUUCAUGUUCAGAGUGCGGGAAAUCUUUCAUUCAUAAAGGAGCUCUUGUUCUACACCAGAGAAUUCACACGGGUGAGCGUCCUUAUUCAUGUUCAGAGUGCGGGAAAAGUUUUAGUUGGAAAAGAUGCCUUGUUGCGCACCACAGAACUCACACAGGUGAGCGUCCUUUCUCAUGUUCAGAGUGCGGGAAAGCAUUUACUCAGAAAGGAGCUCUUAAUAUACACCAGAAAAUUCACACGCGUGAACGUCCUUAUUCGUGUUCAGAGUGUGGGAAAAGUUUUAACGAUAAAACAUUACUCCUGUCACACCAAAGAAAUCACACGGAUGAGUGUCUUUAG